AUAGAGUAAUUAACAUUUCAGAGAAAUGUAAAUCACACCUAAGAACCUGAUUGAGACGAACCACGAAAAUCCUCGAAAAAGUCAGAAAGCUUGGAAUAUUUCAAAGAUCUGGGAACUAAUCGAUAAAACCUCAAGGAUCAACAGAAACAAGAAGGGCAGUUCCUGUAGCAUGAAUCAGGCCUGUAAUGCCCUACCUUCUGACCUCUACGCCUGGUAAUCCAACCAACUGGGUUAAAAUGGAAACUGAAAGCAUUCUUUCAGGACACUCUGUGAAGAGUUCAAGAUCCAACUAUGGGAGACUGAAUCCAACGACAACGCUUCCUGCCAAAUCUAAUUUAUCCGUCAGCAACUUCCCUAACCUACCUCCUCUACCUCCUGUUCCAGGAAACCUCACAUCCUUAUCCAACUACUCUCUCAGCAGGAAUAUAAAUAAUCUGAACUCGGUGAAUAAUUAUCAUCAGUUUACUCCGUUUAAUAACUCGAACAUACAGCAGUCCCCCUACCAUGCCUCUGUUGUAUCAGUUCCUAUGCAGUCCAGAUAUCAUAACACCCAGGUGAAUAUCCUUCCUACUGUUGAUGAUUGGGCAGAUAAUACAACUGCUCUGAGUGGAAUGUCUGAUGUUGAACUGGAAACCUCUCUACCAAACAGAGGAUUACUAGAAUAUCAGUCAAGCCUAGGAUUUCAGGUUCAGAGAUUCGCCGGACACUACAUCACCAUAUUCCUCUCCAUUCUCUCAUUUAUCUCUCCAAUACUUAUGCUUAUCCUUCCACAGUUCUCCAUAUUCAACCUUAGGAAUUCUCAGUUGAAAUGUGAUGUUGAAUGUGAUGGAUUCCUAAUAUCUUUUACCUUUAAACUACUAUGUCUAUCUAUAGGUUCCUGGGCUGUAUUCUAUAGGAAACCUAAAUCUACGAUGCCUAGAUUGUUGUUGUUUCGUGGACUGGUUUGUUUAUUAAUGUUCGUUCUGUGCUUAGCUUUCUGGCUCUUCUAUGGUGUUAGGAUAAUGGAAGAGCGAAGAAAAGUGCAAUAUGCUGAUAUAGUUCGGUAUUCUGGCAGUUACCUAGACAGUCUCCUGGUUCUUCACUAUCUUGCACUUCUCCUUGUCGAGCUCAGACAUAACCAAACCACAUACCUUCUCAGGGUAGUAAGGAGUCCUGAUGGUGAGAGUGGCGGAUAUCCCUUGGGACAAAUGUCCAUUCAACAAGCAGCAUCUACAGUUCUAGACAGGUAUAUAUAUAUACACAUUCAACAAGCAGGUAUCAGGGAUAACCGUGAGUAUGGAGGUAGAUCUGAGUAUGUUGCAAGGGAUAAUUAUAAGUUCUAUGAUGUAGAUGGGUUCGGAAAUUAUCAUGAUAAGGACUCUCGUGUCAGUUCUCCCGGGUUCAGAAGCAGGAAGGAUUUCGGACACAAUGAUCUCUUCUACGAGGAAUAUGAAUACGAGAGAAGAUUAAAAAAGCGGCGAGCUAGACUUAUUACUGCAACUGAGGAAGCUUUCUCCCACAUCAAACGUGUCAAUACCGAUAGUGUUAAGGGACCAAGUACUCCAAUGGACUCGUAUGAAGCUGCUCAGACUAUAUUUCCUUCUAUUGUCCGUCCUCUUCAGAAAUAUCUGAGAAUAACCCGUCAGCAGCCCCGGCACACAAUGGACUCCAUCCUGACCCACCUUGCCACCACCAUCACCUACGAUAUGGCGCCCAAAGCCUUCCUUGAGAAAUACCUCAUCACCAGACCUGUUUUACAAAAUGAACGAGAACAAUGUGAAAUCCAGUCCUGGUCUCUAGUCUCUGAAGUUAUGGUUUCAAGGGGUGUUGAGGGUGGAACUGUAUUUCUCCUCCGCCAGGGUGAAAUCUCCCUUCUUUGUGAAGUUCUUCCCCUACCUCACUACAGCAUUACGGAGACAGUUCAUAAUCCAGGAAUGGAUAAAUUUAUUAUAAACAGGGAUAAUAAUGUCUAGGAGGCUCUUAACCAAAUCCCUCUUCCAUUCUUGUUGUAACUGUGUUCUAAUACCAACCUUACUUUUGUACCCAAGUUGUCUUCAUCCAACCCCUUUUCUUUAUUGAAUACUUUUUCAUCACGCGUAACUAAUAUACAUCUAAAUAUGUCCUCCAAGGACAAAAAACACCGUGCCAUAUUCUUCCAAUCAUUCAAUUAUAACUGCCCGCCCCCCCUCUUCCCCCUUCUCAGUCA